GAUCAGAGCCAGUGGAGACGGUGGGUGAACCCCUGCUCCACAUCUUUGGGUUUAAAGUCAACACUGAGCCGGGGGGUUUGACAUCAGCGAGGUGCACGGUUGUUCUCGUCCCUGCUGGUCGGGGUACGAGUAGGGAGCUGGUCUCACCUAGAUGUGUCUGGGACACUCCAGCCUAUUUAUUCUAUCAGUUACACAAAGAUACAGAUGAUGGAAGUGUUGGAAGGAUACAGGGUGGACAGAGUGCAGGAGAUGAGGCCUGCAGCUCCGGCGGAGGGAUACGUUAAGGAAUUUACUCGCCACUCUAACGACGUGCUGCUGAACCUGAACGAACUCCGGCACCGUAACAUCCUGACUGACACCACCCUGGUCGUGGGCAACGUGCAUCUACGGGUGCACUGUGCUGUGCUCGUGGCAUGCAGUGGGUUCUUCUACUCCCUGUACUCCCGCCGCGUGUUGCUUCAGGGGCGUGGUGGCAGCGGGGAGCAGCUCAUGACUAUAUCCCUCCCCAAUGCCUUGGACCCAUCCAGCGUCUCCCUGCUGCUGGACUUCAUGUACACCUCCCGCCUCCCUCUGACUCCCAGCACUGCCCCCGGGGUGCUCACUGUUGCAGCCUACCUGCAGAUGGACCACGUGGCUGAUACAUGCAGGGAUUUCAUGCAGAUGCACUGCAGGGAGAAUAUGAGUGCAAGACACCCACAACUGGAGCUGGACUCCAGGGUGUCUGUAGCCUCUGUAGCCCCCAAAGGAGGGGACCUGCCCAAUCCUGGACCCCAGAGAUUACUGCCAACAAGGGUCCCUGCGGAUGUUGGGGGCUCUCUCAAGCCUGGGGCUUUCCCGACCUUUCAGCCCGGGUCAACGGAGAUGAAAGGAGAGCCUGAGUCGCCCCUCAUGGGCAGCCCGACUCCAUCUCCUGACAGCCCAGCCCGGUCCAGCUGCCAACCAAACUCUCCUGCAGAAUCCAACACCUGCAGCAAGAACCUUGUGAGUGAUAUCAAAGCCACACCGGAUCCAAAAGCAUGCAAUUGGAAAAAAUACAAGUACAUCGUCCUGAACCCUCUCUGUGCGAACACCACGGUGAAAGAAGAGGAGAUGGAGGAGCCGCAAAGUCGUACAUCACUCGUUGCAGACAGGAUGGGCCUGACACCCAAAGUAACAGAGGCGUGGUCUGGAGAAGUGCCUGGUCAGAUUGAUAGACAGGGGCAGGCCUCCUGCUACGAGGGUUCUGGCCGAGCCCCUCCCCUCAGGCCACCCCCCUCUGUGGACCACCGAAUAGUGCCUCCCACUGGCAAGGAUGGAGCAGUCCCACCCUGCACCGCUUUCCCAAACCUGUUGCCCACCGAUCCGGAGGCUGCCCAACAUGCAAUCAAGCGUGAGAGCUACUAUGUGCCCUACUGUUAUUCUGGCAAUAUUCAAGGAACCAAGACUGUCAGCUCAGGUGAUAAGCCGUACCGCUGUAAUGUGUGCAGCGCCCAGUUCAACCGACCGGCCAACCUGAAGACUCACUCUCGCAUCCACUCAGGAGAGAAGCCGUACCGCUGCGACACCUGCGGCGCACGAUUUGUUCAGGUUGCCCAUCUGAGGGCCCACGUUCUGAUCCAUACGGGGGAGAAACCGUACCCCUGCCACACCUGCGGGACCCGUUUCCGCCACCUGCAGACCCUGAAGAGUCAUAUGCGCAUCCACACCGGAGAGAAGCCUUACACUUGUGAGAAGUGUGACCUACACUUCCGCCACAAGAGUCAGCUGCGUCUUCACCUGCGGCAGAAACACGGGGCCGUCACCAACACCAAGAUCCGCUACAAGGUCCUGACUGAGGCCUACCAGCCCAUCCUGCAGGCCUGCUGAACAAUUUGAAUCACACAGAACCGGUCCAGGGAAAAAUGGGAAAAUGGUGACCGAAUGAACUUUACAUUUUUGAUUAUCAACACCAUUCUUUUGAAUAUGAGGUGGUUAUUUAUACGUUUUGACAGACUGGUUAGAUGACCAGCUUUAACAUCAUGAAAAAAAAGAGGACUUUGAGUACCAGCAUGUUGUUGGAUGAGUUUGAGCUUAGAGAAAAAGUAUAAUUAUGAAUCAAUCGGGUUUAUAAGAAAUGGCGGCUUUUUCUGAGAUGGAGAUGGUAUAAAGAAAAGUGAAUUUGAAGGUUUGUGAAGGGGUAGAAAGAGGGGUUGGAGACAUGGAAAGAUGGUUUUGUGGGAUGUGUGUACACUGAAUUUUGAAGACGUAUGAGAAUGUGAACAGUUUGAACAAAAAAUGGAAAGAUAAAGCAUGUUUUUGAAGAAAGAGAUGGUGAAUUUUGGAUUAUUUGUCGUAAAUUAAAUGCUAAAAAUAGAUUUAGGCCUGGAAAUGUUCUUAUUAAAUGUAUUUAUCUUAACGCUGAGGCCUGGGGCCUGCAUGUUCUCAUAAAAACAAAGUAUGCAGAGAAAUCUGCUUUUAUAGUCCGAGCAGGCAAAGGACUUAGUCGUCUUGUACUGAGUGUAAGCUGUAAAAAAUGAUACUGUUUUUGAACAAUUUCAACCGGAUGACUGUAGGCAAUUAGAUGAGUAAUAAUAUAAAGACAUGUGUUUGUGUAUGAGUUCAUCUGCUGGACAAAGAUGGUGUUGUACAAUCUAAAUUAAAUCAUUUGAUAUGAAUUGGA